AUGGGAUUUCGUAGUCUCUUCUUGUCUACCAUUUUGAUAGCAUUUAUCAGCUUUGGUAGUACUACUCAGAAAUCUCAGAACUUCACAAGUAGCCCCAAUGAUUUGAAAGCCUUGAUUGGAUUCUCUAGGUGCUUAGAAUCAGCUAUUCCGGACUGGAAUAGUUCUACCUCCUCUGAUUACUGCACUUGGUCUGGUGUCACAUGUGUUGGCACGAGGGUGGUUCGCUUGGAACUUGGAAGCACACAACUUACAGGGAAGAUCUGUGAAUCAUUAGCAUGUUUGGAUCAACUUAGAGUCUUGAAGCUUUCCAAAAAUCUCUUCACUGGCUCUCUUCCACACAGCUUGUUUCAUCUUCCAAACUUGGAGAUCAUGGACUUUAGCAAUAAUCAAUUUGAAGGCUCUAUAAAUACAACUAUGUGUUCCUCUUUUACUCAGCUCCGAGUAUUUAAACUGUCAAGUAACUACUUUUCUGGUGAGAUUCCACGAAAUUUGGGUGAUUGUUCCUCUCUGCAGCAUCUGUCUAUUAAUAAAAAUAAUUUGUCAGGAAGCCUUCCAGAGAGCAUCUUUCUGCUACAGAAUUUGAAUGAACUAUACCUGCAGGAUAAUAAGCUAUCUCGGCCACUGAGUGAGGGAGUUGGCAAGCUUUCAAACCUAUUGGAAUUUGACAUCUCCAACAAUGAAUUUUCUGGAAUUCUUCCUAAUAUCUUUGGAGGCCUCACCAGGCUUAAGGUUUUCUAUGCUGGGUCAAAUAGAUUCACCGGUCCAUUGCCUGCAUCGCUGGUGAAUUCUGUAUCUCUUCAGAUGCUUAAUUUGAAAAUCAAUUCUUUGGCUGGUUCAGUUAAUUUCAAUUGCUCUGCACUGAAAAAUAUUGUUCUCAUUAAUAAUCAAUCCAAUUGUUCGGUCCUUUUUAGUCUAAUGAAUUGCUUGAGAUUGGAAGGAAUAUGUCUUGGUUCUUCUGACCAUUUCAACUACGGAGAGACCACCUGUUAA